CACAACAUUAAAGACCGACAAAAAUAAUAUAUUCGUGUCAUCAAGCCGGAGAAUGAUACAAAUAGAGUAGAUAUCGUAUUAAUUUCUUGUGUUCAAUAACAAUUUAUUCAAAAAAUGAAAAUAAUAUACUUGGCUGUGAUUUUCCUGUGCUUCCAAGUAGCAACAAGCGAUAAGAAGCAUAGUAAAAAGUACUCACGUGAGGCCAAUAACCAGCAUUUCACUACAGAAAAGUAUGACCCAGAAUUUCGAAACUUACAACGACCUUUUCGUAUGGCGAAACUUAAUUUGGUCUGGACUAAAGCACAAAAUCGGCUUACGGAACCGAAACUGAAGUCAUUGUAUAUGGAACUGAAAAUACAGGAUAAAGAAGAAAUAGCUUGGAAACAAUUGAAUUCACAGCAUAAAGAUAAAGAUGGUCUAAAGGAAAAUGAACUGAGAAGAAAACUAAUUGGUAUUAUGAGUACUUAUGACUUGCUGGAGCAUUUUGAAGAAACUGAAGAUACGGGGAAAUUGAAACCAUAUAAAAAAUUUCAUGAUCCAGAAGAAAGGCAUCUUAAUAAAAAUCUUUUCAAAGAUAAAAAACUUAAUAAAUUAUGGGAAAAAGCGGAAGUUUCUGGCUUUACACAAGAAGAACUUAACUCAUUGAAACAAGAGUUUGAACAUCAUCAAGAUAAGGUUGACGUGUACUAUAGCUUGCUCGAUAAUGUUGGUACUGCUGAUAACAGAAAACAUGAAAAUGCUGUUGAUGAAGAUGAGUUAGACAAUUUUAACAUGAUCUCAAAUGAUCCUAAUGACAAUGAAAUCAAUACUCCACAAAUGAAUCUCAAAAAAUAUGAAAAUGAAAUCAACACUUUACGUGAUCACCAUCGUGGCAUCAAGGAUCAUUAUGAUAGACUUGAACGUUUAGUAUCAUCAGGACCACAUAGUCAGGAUUUUAUCGAACCUAAAGUACAAGGUUUGUGGCGCGUUGCACAGGCUAGUAAUUUUACUCACAAGGAACUCUCUUCUAUUAAAACUGAACUGCAUCAUUUUGAAAGCCGCUUGUUAAAACUGAGGCACCUGCACGCAGAGCAUGCCAUGCAAGAAGAAAGAUAUAAGAACGAUAAGCAUAAGGACAAAAGUGACCGUUUUACUGAAAUGGAAGAUCACAUUAAGAAGCAAACACGUAAAGUAGAGAAAAUACAAGAAUCUAUAGAGAAAACGAUUUUUAAACACUCUGAGCUUUAAUUCUGACCUAUUAUAAAGUGAAAUCAUUGCACAAAUUAAUUAUACGAUCAAAUAAAUAUAUAUUUUUAUAUUAACUACAUAUAAGAAUAAACUUUAAGUGUUAAAAAUAUGUGCCAAAGGGCUUAUAAAUAAUUAUAGAAGUAAUGUAUUGAUAUAUUUUUAUACUUUACAAAACUGCUUACAAUUUUGUUCGAAUAUGUUUUUUAUGUAAACUUGUGUUAAUACAAUUAUUACAAAUAAAUAUUUAUGUUGUUU